AUGAUGGAGAGGAUAAGAAAGGAGAUGAUACUGAUGGAGAGGGGUCUGCACAGUCCGGUGGCCGCCAAGAGGCUCACCGAUUCAGCCGGCAAUUCCGUGCUGGAGGCCCUGGAAAACUCACAGCACGGAGGACGCCUCAGCCCGAGAAUCACCUCGGCGUCCCUGCACGGGAGUCUCGUGGACAUGCCGAGUAAAGGCAAGUUCGAGAUCGACAGCCUCUUCGGGUCACACCAGGGCAACGAGCACAGUCCCUCGGCGGACAUUUCGUCGUCGGAGAGCCGGAAAAAGAUGAGCCUUUACUCGGAAGUGUCCCAGGAAUCGGACAUCAACAGUGAUGUGGAAGUGGGCUGCCCCACGCAUCGCUCGCCAAGUCAGCAUAAGGAAAACAACAAAGGUUAUUCCGAUUCUGGCUCGUCUAACACAAGUUCGAGCUCCUUGUCUGGUUUAAACGGAAACUCCUUGGGGACGUCCAACAACUCUAACGCGGAUCAAGUCAGGAGGUACCGCACAGCCUUCACCAGGGAGCAAAUUGGCCGGCUGGAGAAGGAGUUUUACCGGGAAAAUUACGUCUCUAGGCCGAGAAGAUGCGAACUGGCCGCCGCUCUCAAUCUCCCUGAAACCACCAUCAAGGUGUGGUUCCAGAACCGCCGCAUGAAGGAUAAGCGUCAACGGUUGGCCAUGUCGUGGCCCCACCCGGCGGACCCCAGCUUCUACACCUACAUGAUGACCCACGCAGCGGCCACGGGGAGCCUCCCUUACCCGUUCCACUCGCACAUGCCCCUGCACUACUACCCGCACGUCGGUGUGACGGCGGCAGCGGCGGCCGCAGCCGCCUCGAGCGCCGCUUCAUCACCCUUCGCCACCUCCAUCCGGCCCCUCGACACCUUCCGCGCCCUCUCGCAUCCCUACUCCCGGCCGGAGCUCCUCUGCAGCUUCCGCCACCCGGGACUUUACCAGUCGCCGGCGGGCCUCAACAGCUCGGCGGCAGCGUCGGCGGCGGCAGCUGCCGCGGCUGCCGCGGCGGCUGUCGGCGCUCCGUCGGCCGGCGCGCCCUGCUCGUGUCUCAGCUGCCACAGCAGCCAGGCGGCCGGUGCGCUCGGUUCCAGGGCCGCCGGAGCCGGCGCCGAUUUCACGUGCACGGCCUCGGGACAGAGGUCCGAGAGUGGAUUUUUGCCCUACUCGGCGGCUGUGCUGAGCAAAACCUCCGUGCCCUCGCCGGACCAACGAGAAGAGACGUCACUCAACAGAUAA